GCAACUGGCCAAGAAGCCUCAGCAGUUACAGUUGCCAAAGCGCUCCAUUUAGCCAUCAGGCUAUUCUUUCAGUAUUCAACAUUUGAGCGUGAAUGUUGCGGGCGUUUUGAAAGCCGCUGCGUGUCUAGUGCUGUCUGCGUGUUAUCGGACACGCGGCUGGAACUGGAAUUUCCUUUAACUUGACGGCAGCAGCAGCAGCAGUUGUCGGACCGGCGUUUUCUGCGCCUCCUCGCAGCGGAUUUACAAAAAAAAAGCCUCCACGGAACCGGCAAUGAAAUCCAGCACCCUGGACAGAGAUUAAAAGAAAAAAUAGCGUUUCAGGACCCUGGACAACGAACCGCCGUCCAAGGCAUGGCAGCAGCCUCUAAAGGGAGCCAAAUGAUCUUAUGACUGGCAACCAUCCCUAAGAGCAACUCAAAAACGUGGAAAAGAAAGGCUGUUGAGGGGCUGGCAUGUGGCAGGAGGAGGGAGAAAGGAUGGAUCUUCAGCCCAGCGUAAGAGCCUACCCCGAGGAAGCCGGCAUCAGACGCGAGGCCUCACAGGCCGUUGACCUGCUGUCUCCGUGAUUUAUGGCGGCUAGGGGGCUCUGGCCACUGCAGACUUCUCUCCCUUCUCUCCUCCAUUUCUCUUCACACUCUCUGCAGGACUGCAAGCAUCCGCACGCACUGCACCACCGUCUGCAGGAGUAUCCGAAGAGGGAUCCCUUGCCCAUGCCGAGCUGCAGCACACGCACCGAUACAUCCACUUCUUUCUACUCUGUCUCGUCUAAAAAUAAACACCUCCAUAAACGUUCCUACACUGCGGCACUCUGUCCGACCCUCCCGUCACAACUCCGUUAAGGCAAAGCAUCCUCCAUUUGACUGCACGUGGAUUACAAUCAUUCAUGGUAUGUCGGGUGUGGAGUCCUCAGCUGGAUCAAUGGAAGUGCGCUGAGUGACAAGAUGAUGCUCCUGUUUUUACAUGGCCUGAGAGAAAUCAGCAGCCAGCAUCUCUCCAUACAUGGCUCUGCUUCCAGACUGAAAUAGUCAUCCUCCACGAACUAUUAGAGCAGUGACUGAAAGCGUUGUUUUAGUAUUGGACACAUUAAGAGGCAUAGCUCCUUUGCACACAUAAUCUUUUGGAUCUAUUCCUCUUCUACCUUCAAGGCGUGGUGUGUACGAAGGACACAUUUCCUUCUGGUCCAUUUUUACAUUUGAUAGGUGUACCCUGAUAGCAAGAGUCAAAAGUUCCCCUCGCCAUGGUGUUGCCGCCCCCAGACAAACGUCACGUUUGCCUGACAACCAUCGUCAUCAUGACCAGCAUGGCAUUCAUGGACGCCUACCUGGUGGAGCAAAACCAGGGUCCCAGGAAGAUUGGUGUGUGUAUUAUAGUGCUGGUGGGGGAUGUUUGCUUCCUCAUCGUGCUUCGGUACGUGGCGGUGUGGGUUGGUGCUGAGGUGCGUACGGCCAGACGAGGAUAUGCCAUGAUCCUGUGGUUUCUGUAUAUAUUUGUCCUGGAGAUCAAACUCUACUUUGUCUUCCAGAAUUGCAAAGCUGACAGGAAAAGUCUGGAGACAGUGGCACGCAAGGCUUUGACGUUACUGUUAUCGGUGUGUGUGCCAGGUUUAUAUUUGGUUUUAGUGGCUCUGGAUAGUAUGGAAUAUGUGAGAACUUUCCGCAAGAAAGAGGACAUGAGGAGUCGUCUGUUCUGGGUGGCUCUGGACCUGCUGGACCUGCUGGAUAUCCAAGCCAACCUUUGGGAACCCCAGCGGACAGGCCUGCCCAUCUGGGCGGAGGGCCUCAUGUUCUUCUACUGCUACAUCCUGCUGCUCAUCCUGCCCUGCGUGUCCCUCAGUGAAAUCAGCAUGCAGGGGGAGCACAUGUCACCUCAGAAGAUGAUGCUGUACCCGGUCCUUAGCCUGGUCACCAUUAACGUGGUCACCAUCCUCAUACGUGGCGUAAACAUGGUGCUGUUUCAGGACAGCCGUGUUUCCACCAUCUUUGUCGGAAAGAACGUGGUGGCCAUCGCCACGAAAGCGUCCACUUUCCUGGAGUAUCGCAAACAGGUGAAAGAGUUCCCCCAUCCGCAGAAUGCAAUGGCGCUGGAGCUGCAGCAGAAUUCUGUCAGCCACACGCAACCGCUGCCCAACGCCACCAGUUUGCCACAUGAACCUUCGCCAGCGCAGGAUGUUAUUGACACAUGACCGUCAGCGCUGCACUCGGCGCCAUCAGAGACUGAGUGAGAGCAGAGAAGGACAGGGAAUACAGGAGUCAGCUGCUCUCGUCAAGCUCACGUGAACUGCUGGGAAACCACCUAAGAGAUUUUUAGCAUUACCUGCCUGUCAGAAUACACUGUAAACCUAUAUUUGACUCUGAGAGCAGUCAAAGUCAAAAGAAAGGUUUUUAAUUGUGCUGUUGUGUUUUUAAUUGUUUCAAAUGUUUUAAAAGUACAAACUUUACUAAGAGACAAUCUUCAAACUGUGCAGCCCAGUGACAUUUUGAUGUUUAAAAUGGAAAGCUUAUUCCCCUACAGUGAGUUGCUUGUAUUUUUUUCUUAAAGGUCCUUUUUUUUUUUUUUUGACAGUUUGGGGCAUUUCCUUUGAUUUCCAGCACCAAAGGACACACCAGUCAGCGUGAAGCAAUGAUGGAGGGGAGGUGACAAGAGUCAGUUAAAUGUCUGCUCUUCACCAUGCGCUUCAGCAAAGUUGGUGGCUCCAAUGUUUUGGUCUUUUUUUCCCCUGCUGAGAGAACGGAGCUCUGUGAAAGCUGCUGCCUCGGUCACUGUGAGGUUUUACAAUCACAGCUCUGAUGAAAGCAGCAGCACUACACCAUGCACUGCAGGCGAGCGUUUUACUGUGUGUUUGUGCGCGUGUGUGUGCAGGCACGCAAAUCUAUGUAUGUAUGUGUGUGUGCUCGAAUGCACAUGAGGUUUAGGUUAAUUCAGCUUGUUUUGGAGCAGAUGCAAGAGCUCAACGGCUGUUGUGAUCUGCAAAUGAGACAAAAUAUGUAGAUGUCAUAAUGAUAACGAUAUGAUGGGAUGAAGAUGCUUUCUGUUUUUGUUUCCUGUACUGUACAUUCCUCCAAACAAAUUCAAGCUUUGAAGUUUAAGAAUGCAGAGAUCAAGAAACACCUUGACAAAAAAAGAAAAACAACUAAACUAAAUACAAUAAUUGAAUAAAAUUGGA